GACGACGAGAACUUCUCUGUGCAUUCGGCCAUCUCCAACGAGGAUGACUUCGCGGAGGACGAGGAGGUGGACUAUUUGGCCUUGGAGCUGCUGCACCACCUUCCGGCGGAGAAGGCGGACAAGCUCAUGAAGAGCUUGCGGGCAAAGGAGAAGGCGGUACAGGUGAAGAAGGAGGAGAAGAAGGCCGAGCCCGUUGCGCCCAAGGAGACACCGAAGGAGGAGCCCAAGAAGGAGGAGGGAGGCAUCGCAGAGACUGUGGCGGACGCUGCGGAAUCUGUCAUGGACGGCUUGAAGGCGCUCGUGGGCUACGGUGAAGAGGAGAAGGGCGACGUGGUGGAUGUGUCCAAGGGAAUGCAGGUCACCAACAUCCGCCGACAGCAGAGUGGCAAGGUUGUGCAGCACACAGCCACUGACGUGCUUGUGAAGUACGACGACGGCAAGACCGAGUGGGCUGAGAUUGAGGAUCUGAAGAAGCUGGAGGCACCUGCGGUGGGCGAGGACAAGGGAUCUCCGGACGUCCGCGUGGAGGGCGCGGGCGACACCAAGGCCAUCUGCUCUUGCGGAUGGCUCUGA